UAGGAGUGUAUUUGGAUUUUUUUUAUAGAAAAGUUUUUUUUUAAGUUUUCUUAAUACUUUUGUUAAUUAAGAUGAUUUUUACAUUUAUAAAUUAAAUUUUUUAUUUUUAAUCGAUAAAUUAUAGUACAUUAUAAUUUUUAGGCAAUAUCAACUUCAAAAUCUUUUUUUUUUAUUUAAAUUCGAUCUAUGUUUAAUUAAAUUUGUAAAAAAAGUAAUUAUAAUAAUUAAUAAGUGAAAAACGUUUUUAUUUAUUUAUUAGUAUUUUCGUCUUGUUCAUUUACAGUAUGGAUGUAAAACAUCGUUUAGGUAAUUGUGAAGUUUGUGAUGAUGCUCCAGCAAAAUAUUGUUGUCCUAGGUGUGAAUUAAAAACAUGUAGUUUAGUGUGUGUCAAUAUCCAUAAAAAAGAAUUAGAAUGCGAUGGAAAAAGAUAUAAAACAGGAUUUAAACAUUUGGAUAAGUUUACUGAUAAUGAUAUGAGCCAAGACUACAGACUUAUCAAUGAAUUUAUUGAAGCCAUUGGAGAGUUUAAAAUAAAAACACAACAAAUUUCAAAUUUAUUACCAGGAUUUCGAAAAUUACGCUAUCAAUGCUUACGACGAAAUAUACGAUUACACAUAAUACCCAAUUCAACUAUGAAUAAAAACAAUACAUCAUAUGUCAAUGGUAAAAACAAUAAAAUAUUUUGGCGAGUUGAUUGGAUAUUUCAUGAUACUAAUAUAAAAUUUUCAGAUCAUAAAGUACCUGAAUAUCAAAGACUAAAUAUUUUAGCUAGAAAUUAUUUUACACCAGAAUUUCAUGAUGAAAAAAAUAAAGAAAAACUUCAGUUUUAUUUAUCAGCUGGCAUUAAAGAUGUUAUGUUAUUAAUGAAAACUCCUUAUGGAAAGUAUUAUGAACUUGAUUCAGAAGAAUCCCUUUUAUAUAAUUUGAGAAAUAAAUCAAUAUUGGAAUAUCCUGAGAUAUUAGUUGUGUUAUCAGUUCAUAAAGAUACAUUUAGUGAACUUCUCCAUUUUGAAAAGCCAAUGUUUCAUAGAAAACCAAUGAAUAAAAAUUGUAAUCUUACUUCAAAAUGUAAUGACUGACACAAUAUAUAAUGUCACAAUACUAUUAUAA